AUGUCUCGCCGAACUUGGCACGAAUGUUUCUCUUCUGCUUCUGAAACUGAUAUCGAAUCUUUUACAAAAGAAAAUAAAGUUUCUACUUAUCGUACCGAGCAUUUUCAAGCUGAAUCCAAUAAUAAAUUUACAGUAUUUAAAUCUGAAUCGCAUAAUCAUGAUCAACGUAACGAUACAACUCGUCUCAAAUCGCCUAUUCGUGAUACUGUUCGCCAAAUGUCGGAUAAAGCUAUUGAUAUUAAUCAUAUAUUUAUUUGUAUUACUACACGUCAGUUAUUAUCUGCGUGUAAAUAUUCAUCUACAUUAGCUAUUGAUUGUACAUAUAAAAUAACAUACAAUGAAUUACCUUUACUCGUUUUUGGAACAUCAGAUUUAAAUCGACAUUUUCAUCCAUUAGGAUUAUGUUUAAUAUCAACAGAUGAAUCAGCAGAUACAUUUAAAACUUUAUUUCGUGUAUUAAAAUCAUAUGUACCACUAAUCAUUCAACAACCAUAUGAUAUUACUCAUGUUAUGGCUGAUGGUGCUGCUGGCAUUACCAGUGCCAUGUGUGAGUUACCACAAGCACGCCGACUUAUGUGUUGGGCACACGUUUUUAGAGUCACUGUUAAUAGAGUUUCGAAAAGUGGAGAAGAUUCAUUCUUGUGUAAAGUGCUAUUAUUACCUUUUGAAAGAUUAUUGUUUUCGGAGUUGAUAUGCAAUGUAGUGCUGAAGAGCGAGAAAAAAGGGACAUUUUGAUGAACACACAUGUGUAUGAUAUCGAAGACGAUGAUUUUAUAGUACUCCCGGAUGCGAAUAUUCAAAAUAAUGAAAAUCUAGGAAUAAAUUAUGACAUUAUUACUUCUGGAAGCAAUAAUUCAAGCUCAGAUGCUGAUGAAGACGAAAAUCAAAGUGCGGAAAAUUCCUGGUUUAAUUUGAGCAACAGAAGCACAUUGACCGCUAGCCGUUUCUCUUCUUUUAAAAAAAACCUGCGUAUCGAUCAUUAAAAAAAAAUUCUACUUUAUUUUUCAUCGGGGUAAGACGUAUGCAGUCUGUUUUUUAAAGUAUUAGCGUACUGCACAUAUACGUAUUUUUGCCUUUGAUUUAACAAGUAAUCAAAUAUGACAUUAUCUUCU